CCUUUCUAUACACAUUAUCAAGCCCAUACCAUCCAACAGAAACCUCAGUUUCAAAAAAAGCAAGUAUUUCUCUUACAGGUUUCUUGUUUCUUUCUCUUUGAGAUUUUUUUUUUGACGUGAAGUAUUGAUUUCUUCAGUUCAUUCAUUACUAUUUAUUUUCACUUAUUUUAUACUCAUUUCCGAUGUCUGUCACCACACAGGCCUUCAGCUUAAAGACGCGACAACCUAUUAUUGACGAGGAUGAACUUUUCACGGAGGAGGACCGUGCGCUUAAGGAAGCAACCAAAGGCUCCGACUGCACUACGCGCCGCCGAGCCUGUAAAAAUUGCGUGUGCGGCCGCGCGGCGUUGGAGAGGAAGCUUGAGGCGGAGGGUAAGUUGCCACCCGAGGGUCUUAGCGGGAUGGUGUUCCAACCAACAGGUGGAUGCGGAAAUUGCUCAAGGGGAGAUGCCUUUCGGUGCGCCGGCUGUCCGUACCUUGGUCAGCCGGCCUUCGACAACACCACGGACGGAAAAGUUAAGCUGAACCUCACGGAUGAUAUUUAAAAGUUGAUAACUUCUUAUUACAUUUCUUUUUAUGUUACACUCGCAUACAACGAACGCAGCUGCAAGUUUUGGUGCUUUAGUUUCAUUAGUUCUGCUUUUCCGUAUUAUUAUUAUGAUCACUAUGAACGAUCAAGGGGCUGACAAUUACUUGUCAGACGUUUUGCUUAUAUAUUUUCACUAAAGUAAAUGCUAAUGCUAAGUAUAAUGCCAUUAUCAGAGCUAUUAUGUUUAGUUUUUGUUAUAAUAGGACUCUUUGCCUAAUUAUUGUGGAUCCAAUCACGUGCUGAUGCUAUAAAGCAUCCUUUACAAGUUCAAAAAAUGCGAAAAUUCGUGGAGGAGUAGGCGACUACGCAUUAAGUCAAGGUAUAUUAAUUUUACUCGCUACGUACUGCUCAGGAUGUGGAUCUACAGGUGUGUGUGUAUGUUUGUAGAUCGUU